GGAGAGGGGCGGGGACGCCGUCCGCGCGGCUGGCCGGGAUGCGGACGCCGGUGGCGAUGACGCUGGGCAUGGUGCUGGCGCCCUGCGGGCUGCUGCUCAACCUGACGAGCACGCUGGCGCCCGGGUGGCGGCUGGUGAAGGGCUUCCUGGACCAGCCGGUGGACGUGGUGCUGUACCAGGGCCUGUGGGACAUGUGUCGCGAGCAGAGCAGCCGCGAGCGCGAGUGCGGCCAGCCGGACGAGUGGAGCUACUUCGAGGCCCAGCCCGUGCGCGUGGCGCGGGGCCUCAUGGUCACGUCGCUGGCCACCACGGCCCUGGGGCUGCUGCUGGCGACGCUGGGCGUGCGCUGCUGGCGCGACGAGCCCCACUUCGCGCUGGCCGGCGUGUCGGGCGUCGUGCUCUUCGCCGCCGGCCUCCUCAGCCUCAUCCCGGUGUCCUGGUACAACCACUUCUUGCAGGACCGCACGGUGCUGCCCGCGCCGGCCAGCCCGGUCACGGCGCAGGUCAGCUACAGCCUGGUGCUGGGCUACCUGGGCAGCUGCCUGCUGCUGCUGGGCGGCUUCUCGCUGGCGCUCAGCUUCGCGCCCUGGUGCGAGGAGCACUGUCGCCGUCGCCGCAAGGCGGCCCCGGCCGGCGCGCGCCGCAGCAGCAUCAGCACCGUGUUCGUGGACUGGCCCGAGCCCGCGCUCACGCCCGCCAUCAAGUACUACAGCGGGGGCCAGCACCGGCCGCCGCCGGCGCAGCAGGGGACCGGGGCCAAGGCCAAGGUGGGCUUCCCGAUGCCGCGGCCGCCGCCCAAGUCCUACACCAACCCCGCGGACGUGCUGGACGGGGAGCGGGAGCAACCGGCCGGCUCCCUCGGCGGCGCCUCGCGCAGCACCCGGCCCUGCCAGAGCUCGCUGCCCUGCGACUCCGACCUGUAGACGGUGACCCCAGGCCCCCCGGGUCGGGAGCGCUGGGCGACAAAGGACUCGGCCUGCACAGACCCGUCUGGCUCGGAGUUGGAACCCGGGAGGCACCUUCCUGUGACUGGUUAGGAGAGCGAUCUUCCUUUCCUGUGGCCAGACUAGACUCCUCGGGCAGUUCGUUCAGGUUGGGCUCGGUUUUCUUCUUAAUAGCGUUUAGUUUUCCCCUCUGGGGCAUCGGGGUCCUCUUACGGAGUGACAAGCCUGUCAUAUUUCUUGCUGAAGAAGAUUAAAGGGUGGCAUUCGCAUCGUGUGGACCAGAGACAGUAACAACAAAAAAGUUGCAAUCGGCAAGUAGAGGCUCAAAAACAACUCAACACCUUGAAACAACAGUAUUCUAAGAUACUGAUGAAUCUGGCGUCAAUAUAACGAUUGUGUUUUUCUGCUGUUUUAACUCCUUAUUAUGCAGACUGUCAAGAGGCCAAUAUAUUUCUUGCUAUGUUUGAAUGAGGCUCUUAAACUUAGAGCCAUGCAAAUUACCAGCAGCUUUAGUGGCUUUUAUGGAAUGAAAUAACCUGAUUAACUCAUGUCUACACUUCUUCAUGCAUAAAUAGGAUUUAUGGUUUUUUUCUCACUUAUUUUUGGUGUGAAAGUUGGGGUCACUCAAGAGUUUCUCUUGCAGAAGCCAGAAGGAUAUAUAAAGGGCCUAACACUCUACUAUUCCAUUCCUUGGCUACCUCAUCAUGGACACAGAGAACUAUAGACUGUAGUCUAUAUUUUGUACAAAACUAUAUUUUGUACAAAAUGAAACCUAUUAAUCGCAUUAGGUUUAAAGUACAUAUGUACAUAUUGUUUAUUUAUAAAUAAAAUUUUAAAACAACA